AUGGCGGACGCAAAGCUUCGGCAGAUCAUUGCCAAGCUGGAGGGCAAGCUGAAGCCUAUGCAUGAUGAGAUUGACUCUUUGAGGGAGCGGCUCGAACUGGCCUCCUUGGACAAAGAACUCGCCGAGGAGCAGGUGGCCGUAUUGCUGGCAGAGCUCUCAAGCGUAAGGCAGGAAUUGCAACAGGCACUGCAGCAGCUGGAAGACUCCAAAGCAAGCGAAGAGAUAAUUGAGCAAUUAACUGCCAAAAAUCUCGAUCUCUCCGCUAAAGUAUCUAUGCUGAGCCAACAGGUCGCCGACUUGGAGGUGCUGAAGGAACUCAGUGACGAGCUUGAAGAAUCCCAUUUGCUGAAAGAAAGAGAGCUCAAUGCCGUCAUUACCCAUCUUGAAUCUCAAAUAAAAACCGCAACGAGCAAGCUGAAAGCUGCCGAGCUGCAAGCUGCUGAUCUCAAACUGGCAUUGGCAAAACCCGCCCCAGAGAAUCAGCAUGUCGACAUUGAGGGGCUGCAGCGACAGCUGGACGUCGCCAGGUUGGACUUGAAACACACAAAACUAGAUCUGUACGCUUGCAAGCUAGAUUUGCAGGCUGCUCAGUCGGAUAUUUAUACGGCAUUGGCAUCGAGGACCCAGGCUCGAGUAUUUUUCAAGCUCAAAUUUCUCGCCUCUGCCGACCCGUCACUGGAGAACAAUGUGCUGGAAUGGUUUGAUCAGCUCAAGUAUCAAAACAUGACUGCAGAACGUAUUAAGACACAAGCAAUCAACCUGGCGGCACGGCCCUGGCCUGAUCUUGAAGUUUACUGGCCACAGGCUCUGAUUUAUUUAAGGGAUAUGGGAGGUUCUAAUUUUGAAGGAAUACCAGAACUACCGUCGCUUGCAGGGGCUUUAGAGGAUCCUGUGAACGCGCGACUAAUCGCGGCCCAGAUCGAAGAACCUCAGGAACCCAAAGAACCCGAAGAGCGUAUGCAGGACGAAAUGCGUAUUAAAAUACACCUACUGGAAGCUAAAGUGUCCAAAGCCCGAGAACUUGCCGGCCAUGUUUCUCGUUUGGAGCAGCAAGUUUCUAAACAGAGUGUAGAGACCGCACGCCUAAAAGAGACCAUCGACGACCAGUCCAGAGAGUUGGCGAUCAAAAUCGCUGAGAUAAAUAAACUGAAUGACCGGCCAGUGUCGUUGGACGCAGUGACGUUCAGAGGGAAAUUGAGAGUGCUGAAUGAAACAAUCAAUCACCUCAUGACCACACCGUCGACACUUGACCUGCCUUCCUUGGACUAUAAGCCCAACAUUAGAAGCAAGCUGUGCGGGCAUCCGGCAAUUCGAAAACUGGUGGGCGCUGAUUUUGAAGUGAAAAAGAUCGAGCCGUUAAAAUGGCGUCCCCACUCAGAAAAGCCGGGCUGGGCUGCAGCAGAGCAGGCCCGAACGCUCGCGGAGAUCAACUCCCUAUUAAAAUCACCCUGCCGGUAA